GCACAGAUGGACAAACUUCAUGCCAUUCAGCGAGUUGCUGCAGCGCCAUUGGUUGGCUGGUCGAAGGGGCAGGCAUGCUGAGGCUCCCGGAAGCACAGAAAGCCCGCAGCACGUUGUGAACUCUGAGCCUGAGAGCAGUGGGUGCUUAGCAACAGGGGAGGUGCCCAGUAACGAGGCAAUGUGGCUGAAGGUCGGGGGCCUACUUCGGGGGACUGGUGGACAGCUGGGCCAGACUGUUAGUCGACCUUGUGGGGCCCAGGGGCCUGGGCCCCACUGCUGGUGGCCAUGUGGAGGUUCUUGGGCCCAAAAGUUUUACCAGGAUGGGCCUGGGAGAGGCCUGGGUGAAGAGGACAUUCGUAGGGCACGAGAGGCGCGUCCCAGGAAAACACCCCGGCCCCAGCUGAGUGACCGCUCUCGAGAACGCAAGGUGCCUGCCUCCCGCAUCAGCCGCUUGGCCAACUUUGGUGGGCUGGCUGUGGGCUUGGGGCUGGGAGCGCUGGUCGAGAUGGCUAAGAAGUCCCUGCCAGGAGGUCAUUUAAAGUCAGAGGAUGGCUCUGGGCCAGACUCCAGCCCCUUCCUGUCGGAGGCCAAUGCAGAGCGGAUCGUGCAGACUUUAUGUACAGUUCGAGGGGCCGCCCUCAAGGUUGGCCAGAUGCUCAGCAUCCAGGACAACAGCUUUAUCAGCCCUCAGCUGCAGCGCAUCUUCGAGCGGGUCCGCCAGAGCGCCGACUUCAUGCCCCGCUGGCAGAUGCUGAGAGUUCUCGAAGAGGAGCUUGGCAAGGACUGGCAGGCCAAGGUGGCCUCCCUGGAGGAGGUGCCCUUUGCCGCUGCCUCGAUCGGGCAGGUGCACCAGGGCCUGCUGAGGGACGGGACGGAGGUGGCUGUGAAGAUCCAGUACCCUGGUGUGGCCCAGAGCAUUCAGAGUGAUGUACAGAACCUGCUGGCGGUGCUCCGGAUGAGCGCGGCUCUGCCCGAGGGCCUAUUUGCUGAGCAGAGCCUGCAGGCCUUGCAACAGGAGCUGGCUUGGGAGUGUGACUACCGUCGUGAGGCAGCCUGUGCCCAGAACUUCAGGCAGCUGCUGGCAAAUGACCCCUUCUUCCGAGUGCCAGCCGUGGUUAAGGAGCUGAGCACGACACGGGUGCUGGGCAUGGAGCUAGCCGGAGGGGUGCCCCUGGACCAGUGUCAGGGCCUGAGCCAGGACCUGCGGAAUGAGAUUUGCUUCCAGCUCCUGACGCUGUGUCUGCGGGAGCUGUUUGAAUUCCGAUUCAUGCAAACCGACCCCAACUGGGCCAACUUCCUGUAUGACGCCUCCAGCCACCAGGUGACUCUGCUGGACUUUGGUGCAAGCCGGGAGUUUGGGACGGAGUUCACAGACCAUUACAUUGAGGUGGUAAAGGCUGCAGCUGACAGAGACAGAGACCGUGUCCUACAGAAGUCCAAGGACCUCAAAUUCCUCACAGGCUUUGAAACCAAGGCAUUCUCCGACGCCCACGUGGAGGCAGUGAUGAUCCUGGGGGAGCCCUUCGCCACCCAGGGCCACUAUGACUUUGGGUCCGGGGAAACUGCCCACCGCAUACAGGACUUCAUCCCAGUGCUGCUGCGGCACCGGCUGUGCCCCCCACCGGAGGAGACCUAUGCCCUGCACCGCAAGCUAGCAGGGGCUUUCCUGGCCUGCGCCCGCCUCCGAGCCCGCAUCGCCUGCAGGGACCUCUUCCAGGACACCUACCACCGCUACUGGGCCAGUCGCCAGCCAGACACAGCCACUGCCGGCAGCCUCCCGAUCAAAGGGGACUCCAGGGCAGAUCCCUCAUGACAGCCUCUGGGGGGAUUGCGUCCCCAUAGCAGGCCAUACCCUGCUGUGGUGCCUUUUAUCCCUUCCCCAUCUGCCCUGGGUCGGGGGAGCCCCUUGGGCUUUCCAGCCUUGCCUGGCUCCCCUCUUUGGCCCAGGAGCUCAGGGUUCCUGGGGCUGGGGAACUCUCAACUUCGUGCCCUAGAUCCUGUGCCUCCCCACUCCAAAGUGGGCAUCCGGGAACUCUAAGCCAGGGAAGUGGUUAACUUAUCUUUGGCAACAUUUGAGGGAGCGUUGGGCCCCCGCAUGCCGUUAUGCAGAUCCGGACUCAUCAGGGGGAGCCCUCACCUCUGCCUCAGGUCUCCGGGUAGAAGGCGAGAUGGUGGUCCUGGAGGCAGUCAUCACCUCUGCCUUCCUCGCUCCUCCACCAGCUGCCUUCUCGCGGGUUCCAGCCUCUCAAUGUGUUGGAGGGUAGGGGUAGAGGUGGGGGAGCUGAACCUUCAGUUGGAAUAAAAGCAGCCUUCCC